AUGUCUUCUGCCGUGAUCCAGCUAGACAAGCCUCACAGCCAUUUCACCAAUCUAGACUAUAUAACCGGACGCGUUGUGCUGCAGCUCUCGUCUGAUACCUCAAUUAGCGCUAUCCAUGUGAAACUCGAAGGGGAGAGCCGCACGCGACUCGCGCGUCCCCGAGAUGACCGAGACCGGGAGAAGAGGAAGAACGAGCUAGAAGUUCAUAAAAUUCUGUAUAAAGUAAACUCGGUCUUUCCGAGUCCGGAUAUCGCCCAGCAUAGCUCGCCAAAUGCCGCUUUCACAUUCGCGCCUGGCGUGUACCAGUAUCCGUUUCAAUUCAAAUUUCCGUUCAACAACGCCUGCAGUGAUCAUAAUUCCAUGAUGACGAACAUCAGCAUGAUCGGUUUGCGGGUUGAAAUGGCGCGAGACUCCUUCAUCCAUGUCAAGAAAACAUUACCUCCAUCACUGAAUACAUUUCCCGGCGAAGCAGAGAUCAAGUACUAUGUCAAGGUGACUGUAGUUCGUCCGCAGUUCUUCAAAGAAAAUAUUCGAUCGAUUGCAGGCUUCAAUUUCCUCCCAAUAGAACCCCCAAGGGAUGGAAACCCCAACGAGGAAACAUAUGCUAGACGACAGCAGGAAUUCGCGAGAAACCGUCCACCAAUGAAUCCAAAGACGAGCGGAGGUCUCUUUCGUAAGAAAUCAACACCCAUUAUGGCACCGAUUUCUACAGAACCACCGCGACGCGUCUCAGUCGAUGCUCGCUUGCCAAAUCCUGCAAUUCUCACGUGUAAUCAACCUAUUCCAUUACGGCUACUCGUCACGAAACAGUCUCCUAGCACAGAAACUAUCUAUUUGCAGUUACUGCAAAUCGAAUUGAUAAGCUACACUCAUAUUCGAGCUCAUGACCUCGCUAGGACGGAGCCUCUUAGUACAUUGAUACUGAGUCGUAGUAACAUGAACAUGGCUAUUGGACGAGGUACGGAUCCAGUUGGUAAAGAGUGGAAAAUCGAUUCUAGCAUGUGGGAGCGGCUUCCUCUCCCAAGCAACAUCGCUCCGACUUUCGAAACGUGCAAUAUUAGUAGAGCGUACGAGCUAGAGGUACGAGUGGGCUUGGCGUAUGGUGCUGGAGGCAGUAUGCUGUCUCAAGUCCUUGUUAUUCCUCUACGGUUAGCUGUCAAGGUUUAUUCUGGAAUUCGCCCACCAGCUGCUCUUCUCGAGGCUAUGGCCGCAGACAAAAAGGUCAAAAACAGCCGCCCUCAGCGUCCUCCCGUCGCCGAAAACGACAUUCCUCCGCCACAGCCUCCCCGUCCGCAGACUACGCCAGGUGCCGCUCCGGCAUUUGACGAAACUGGUGAAGAGGCACCUCCCAGCUACGAAGACGCCAUGGCCGAGCAUAUUGAUCCAAUUGACGGCCCACGGGGUGAAUAUCAAACCCCAGCACCAUCGCAGGAAACAAGCCUCCAAAGCAAUGUUGGUGAUAUCAAGACCCCAGUCGACUCUAAACGCGCUCAAGACGACGUAUACCCCGCUAGUUCGCUAUCUCGCAGUUCCUCCGAGUCUAUAGACAUGUUACCUCAGACGCCCCGCUCACGACGCGGAUCAAUCGCAGAUAGUCUUAUGUGGGAAGACGCGGUCAAGUCCACGACUGUCGGCAAGCCGCAGCAGCAAAACACCAUCCCUGAAGAAACCCAUCAGCAAGCGCAGGAAGACAUCCAGGGGUUUCCCAUCCCAUCGGCGUCCACAACAGCGCCGCGACCAGCGCGUACAUUCAGUACCGGCGUGCCCAAUAGACGGCCUGUCCCGGGGACUUCCCAGAAAGAUCCAUCGUAA